UAUCUAUACAAAUAUAAAAUUCGAUAUUCCUCUAUACAUCUUAUCUUUUCCGGCGCCGGUCAUCACUUCUCGCCGGCCGCCAUGAUCCACAACCUUUCACCACCACCACCACCAGAACCCAAACCCGAAGCAGAACCCGAAUCUGAAUCCGAACACCACACUCUUCUCCCACUAUCCACUGAUCAAGAUUUAUAUAUAAACAACAAAAACAACGACAACAACAUUAAUUCAUUAGAUUCAUCAGAAGUUGCAUAUGAAUCACAAGACAAAAUCAUAAUAUUCGAAACAGACCAACAACACCACCAAGAUUUAUAUUCAGAAACCCCACCACCAUUUUCCUUAAAAACAUUAUGGUUAUUUACUGGCCCUGGUUUUUUAAUGAGUAUAGCUUUUCUUGAUCCAGGUAAUCUUGAAGGCGAUUUACAAGCCGGCGCAAUUGCCGGUUAUUCGUUAUUAUGGUUAUUAAUGUGGGCCACUGGAAUGGGCUUAUUGAUUCAGUUGUUGUCAGCUAGAAUUGGUGUGGCAACUGGGAAACAUUUGAGUGAAUUGUGUAGAGAAGAAUAUCCGAAAUGGGCCGGGUUAGUUUUGUGGGUCAUGGCUGAAAUUGCGUUAAUUGGGGCGGAUAUUCAGGAAGUGAUUGGUAGUGCUAUUGCUUUACAGAUUUUGAGUAAUGGGGUUUUGCCUAUUUGGGUUGGUGUUGUGAUUACAGCGUCAGAUUGUUUCAUGUUUUUACUUCUUGAGAACUAUGGAGUGAGGAAUUUGGAAGCUGUUUUUGCAGUGCUCAUCUCGACUAUGGGACUAUCAUUUGCAUGGAUGUUUGCUGAUGCACAACCUAGUGGAAAGGAACUUCUAAUAGGUCUUUUGGUUCCAAAACUCAGCUCAAGAACAAUUAGGCAGGCUGUUGGGGUAGUAGGCUGUGUCAUUAUGCCACACAAUGUAUUUCUACAUUCUGCUUUGGUACAAUCAAGAAAAGUUGAUCCAACCAAAAAAGGCAGGGUUCAAGAAGCAAUAAAUUACUACACAAUCGAGUCCUCUGCUGCCCUUUUUGUUUCUUUUUUGAUCAAUGUGUUUGUCACUACUGUUUUCGCCAAGGGAUUUUAUGGAACUAAACAAGCUGAUAGUAUUGGCCUUGUAAAUGCUGGUCAAUAUCUUGAAAAGAAGUAUGGUGGAGGAUUUAUGCCAGUGUUAUAUAUUUGGGGUGUCGGGUUAUUAGCAGCGGGUCAAAGUAGCACAAUCACGGGUACUUAUGCGGGCCAGUUUAUUAUGGGAGGUUUUCUUAAUCUUCGGUUGAAAAAAUGGCUGAGGGCAUUGAUAACGAGAAGUUGUGCAAUUGUUCCAACAAUGAUUGUGGCUCUUGUUUUUAAUAAAUCAGAAGCUUCAUUGGAUGUUCUAAAUGAAUGGCUGAACGUUCUCCAGUCUAUUCAGAUCCCAUUUGCUCUUAUCCCGCUUCUAACGUUGGUGUCUAAAGAGGAAGUGAUGGGGGUCUUCAAAAUUGGACGGACUCUAGAGAGAGUUGCAUGGAGUGUGGCUGGCCUGGUGAUGGUGAUCAACGGUUACCUUUUACUUGAUUUCUUUGCAGCUGAAGUCAACGGAUUGUUAUUUGGCUUUUUAGCCAUAACAGCGACUGCUGCUUAUUUGUCGUUUAUAAUAUAUCUCAUAAAUCAUGGACAGUUCCUGCCGUCGACAUGGUUUGGUGAGAUAGUUAAUAAAGGGUAUGCCUAUAUUGGAAAAUGAACCGUCGAAUGCAUUGACCCACAUUUUAAAGUCAAAGAUUGGUUGUUGGUAUAGCGUUUUUAAACAGCUAGUCCAUUUUGCUACAUCAACCUCAGUGAGCUUCAGUUUACAAUUUACAUUGAAGAAGCUAAAGUUUACACAAAGAGGAAUGAAGAUAUUAUCAUUGUUCAUAGGCUAACCCUUGACCAACCUUAAAAAAGCUUUGCUAUAUUGUAGCUGAUUUUGUGUAGAAUAGUGAACAAAUGUAACAUUAUAUGUGCGGAACAUUUUUAGGAGCGUACUCAUAGGCUUCGUAUUUGUGAGCUCCCUAGAAUUACAUAAAGUCGAUAUGAACAUUUUGCAUAGAAUAUUUCUUCAUUUGGUAUAUGGCCGAUAAUCUUAUUUUGUGCAGUUCUCUGGGUUGUAAUGUGUUUUAUUUUUUUAUUGCAAUGAAUACAACAUUUUGGCU